AUGGGAGGCACCAUGGGCUCAAUACGAUUGUACUCAGGCGAUGACGGGCAUUCCCACAUUGAAGAAAUCGACCCACCUUCGGAUCCGGUGUGGAACCAGUUGCAAAACGCCAAGGGGAUCAUAUUCCGCGCCUCUCCUCCGGGGUAUUUCAGCGAUUGGCACGUGGCGCCCCGCCGGCAGUACAUCAUCACCCUUUCCGGUGAAGCGGAGAUCGGGCUUGCCGACGGCACCGUCCACCGAUUGGGGCCCGGCGACGCAAACCUCGCCGAGGAUCUCACCGGCCAUGGGCACACCACUCGGGUCGUCGGCGACGUUCCCCGGGUGACGGCCAUCAUCCACCUGGACGAUUAG